GAACCUCAUCUAUUCGAUUGUAACAUCAAACCAACAUCACAAUGUCUCUUGCAACCCUCGACGUUUCCCAACACCCCUACCUCCCCUCCGCCUCCGAGACACUCUUCAAGGCCAAGGCAUCGAAGAAGCUGAGCUUCGAGCAAAUCGCCGAGCACAUCGGUCGCAACGAGGUUGCCGCGGCCGCCCUGUUCUACGGCCAGGCCAAGGCAUCUCCCGAAGACAUCGACAAGCUGUCCUCCCUCCUCGACAUUCCACGCGACCUUCUGGAAGAGCAGCUCGGUGGCUUCCCGGAUCGCGGCCGCUCGGUCGAGAUGCCGCCCAAGGAGCCGCUGAUCUACCGACUGUAUGAGAUCGUGCAGAACUACGGGUACGCGUACAAGGCUGUUCUCAAUGAGAAGUUCGGGGAUGGCAUCAUGAGUGCCAUCUCGUUCUCGACCAAGGUGGAGAAGGAGACGGAUGAGGCUGGAAAUAACUGGGCUGUUAUCACUCUGAGAGGAAAAUGGUUGCCUUUCUCGCGGUUCUAGGUAUGAUUAUGUGAGUCUAGGGAGGCUUUAGUAAUUGAAAUGCAUAUAAAUAAUAUUUGAAAGAAAUUGAGUGGGUGUCAUAGUGAAGUGAGAAUGGUCUCUAUAACACGCAAUCCUCGCGCAUCCACUCCAUUGACUGACUCACCUUCCACCUCCCUCAACCUUCUUUCCAGAUCCCUUUGGCCUCCUCGUUCCUUUCAUCUGUCAUAUUUCUUCCCACUCCUAUCUUUCUAAACAGGGACGUCGAAGAUCUCGCUUCCAGGGUCGACCUAUUUCUCUGAGCUCAUUGUGGCCCCCCUUCCUAUCUUCCUCCCUUUUCGAACUAAUUGAACUAUUUAAUUCAUCCAGAAUGUCCGCUCGUCU